AUGCCUCUGAAUACAUCAGAGUACCUGACAAAGCAGGGAUGGAGCGGGCACGGUACACCCCUAGACGGUGAACGAGGAAGGGGACUUCGAAAGCCGAUCAUCAUCCCGCAGAAACGAAACUUGGGCGGCGUGGGUCAAAAUCGUGAUCGCGCCGUCGAGUGGUGGGACGAUAUCUUUGCGGCCGGUGCGAAAGCUCUUGCAAUAGGCCCCGCGGCGAAAAAGGAGACUACACCUACUAAUUCCAAUGUACCACGGCGAGCUCUUUCCACGCUAGCAAAGCAAGAGCACGCACGACGUAUGCUGAUGAGCAACUUUAUUCGCGGCGAAGUAGUUUCAAGCAUGUCUCUUACAGAAGAGAUGGACGAAGAGACCAACGUUGUCUCGAUUACAUGUACUGCUACCACAACUGAGACGACGCAGCAGGCCCCUGGCUCGAUUGACGACACUCGCACAUCAGCAAUCGUAAAGGAAGUCGACACUGAUACUGCUGCAUCUACCAAGAAGAAGAAAUCUAAAUCGUCUGACAAGAAAAAGGCUAAGCAGCGGGACGAAAAGAAGCCGAGCAAGUCGAGUAAGGAGGAGAAACGCAAGAAGAAAGACAAGAAGGACAGGAAGAAGAAGAAAGAGAAAAAGGCACAAAAGUCGUCUGAAGAGCCCACGGAUACCCUUACGAACAAGUCGAAGCGCAAGCGCUCCUCCGAUACCUCAGGGAAGGACAGUACGAAAAAGCGCCGAAAGGAGGCAGCUACAUAG